CUUUCUGGGCGGCGGUUUCCGGCGGGCUGGCGUCCGGAGCGUCCCGUCCCGCGUCAGUUAAACCAGAGGAGCCGCGCUCACUGCCAUGGCUGCAGCCACCGCACAAACUCCGCCAACAGUCGCCUCUCAUGUUCCUUUCACGGAUUUGUGUUCAACUUUAGAACGAAUACAGAGGAGCAAAGUACGGGCAGAGAAAAUCAGACACUUCAGCGAGUUUUUGGAUUCUUGGAGACAGUUUCACGAUGCCCUUCAUAAGAACCAAAAAGAUGUCACAGACUCAUUUUAUCCCGCAAUGAGACUUAUUCUUCCUCAGCUAGAAAGAGAGCGAAUGGCCUAUGGAAUAAAAGAAACGAUGCUUGCCAAGCUUUACAUCGAGCUGCUCAACCUGCCUAAGGAAGGGAAGGAUGCCCUGAAACUUCUAAAUUACAGGGCCCCUAUGGGGACGCGGGGGGAUGCUGGAGACUUUGCCACGAUCGCCUACUUUGUGCUGAAGCCACGGUGCUUGCAGAAAGGAAGUCUGACCAUACAGCAAGUCAACGACAUUCUCGACUCAGUUGCCAGCAAUAAUGCUGCCAAAAGAAAGGACCUAAUCAAAAAGAGUCUCCUGCAGCUUAUAACUCAGAGUUCAGCCCUCGAACAGAAGUGGCUCAUCCGGAUGAUCUUAAAGGACCUAAAGUUGGGUUUUAGCCAGCAGACUGUGUUUUCUGUUUUCCAUAGCGAUGCUGUCGAGUUGCACAAUGUCACCACGGAUCUGGAGAAAGUCUGCCGGCAGCUGCAUGACCCUUCGGUGGGACUCAGCGACAUCUCUAUCACCUUAUUUGCUGCCUUUAAACCAAUGCUCGCCGCCAUAGCAGACAUUGACCGCAUCGAGAAGGACAUGAAACACCAGAGUUUCUACAUCGAAACCAAGCUGGACGGCGAGAGGAUGCAAAUGCACAGGGAUGGGGGCGUGUACAAGUACUUCUCCCGAAAUGGGUAUAACUAUACGCCUCAGUUUGGAGAAACCCCACAGGAGGGGACCCUCACACCAUUCAUCCACGGGGCCUUCAAAGCAGAUGUCCACAUCUGUAUCCUGGACGGAGAGAUGAUGGCCUACAACCCCAGCACGCAGACGUUUAUGCAGAAGGGGAAUAAGUUUGAUAUUAAAAGAAUGGUGGAAGAUUCUGAGCUGCAGACUUGUUUCUGUGUUUUCGAUGUAUUGAUGGUUAAUAAUAAGAAGCUCGGGCAUGAGACCCUGAGGAAGAGGUACGCCAUUCUGAAUAGCAUUUUGACGCCCAUCCCAGGUAGACUAGAAAUAGUGCAGAAAACGCAAGCUCACACUAGACAAGAAGUCAUCGAUGCCUUGAACGAAGCUAUUGACAAGAGGGAAGAGGGCAUCAUGGUGAAGCAGCCCCUCUCCAUUUAUAAGCCAGACAAACGAGGUGAAGGGUGGUUGAAGAUUAAGCCUGAGUACGUAACCGGGCUGAUGGAUGAGCUGGACAUCUUGAUCGUGGGGGGCUACUGGGGCAAGGGGUCGCGGGGCGGGAUGAUGUCCCAUUUCUUGUGUGCUGUCGCUGAGACGCCCCGUCCGGGGGAAGAGCCGUCCGUGUUUCACACGCUGUGUCGCGUGGGCUCGGGUUACACCAUGAAGGAGCUGUAUGAUCUGGGUCUGAAACUGGCCCAACACUGGAAGCCCUUUCACAAGAAAGCACCACCAAGUAGCAUUCUCUGUGGGACGGAGAAGCCCGAGGUGUACAUAGAGCCCUGUCACUCUGUCAUCGUCCAGGUCAAGGCGGCCGAGAUCGUGCCUAGCGACAUGUACAGGACUGGCUGCACGCUGCGCUUCCCGCGCAUCGAGCGGAUCCGCGACGACAAGGCCUGGCAGGGGUGCAUGACCCUGGGCGACCUGGAGCAGCUCCGCGGGCGCGCCUGCGGGAAGCUCGCCUCCAAGCACCUGUCCGCGGGGGGCGAGGACGGGCCCCAGGAGAAGAAACGAAAAGCCGCCCCCAAGGCCAGGCGCGCCGUGGGCAUCAUCGAGCACCUGAAAGCCCCAGACCUCUCCAACGUGAGCAGAGUGGCAAGCGUGUUUGCAGAUGUGGAGUUCUGCGUGAUGAGCGGGACCAGCUGCCACCCGAAGCCCGACCUGGAGAGCAGGGUCGCGGAGCUCGGCGGCUGCGUGGUGCAGAACCCGGGCCCCGACACCUUCUGCGUGGUGGCCGGCUCCCAGAGCAUCAGGGUGAAGAACAUCGUCGCCGCGGGCAGGCACGACGUCGUCAGGCCCGAGUGGCUCUUGGAGUGUUUUAAGACCAAAAGCUGCGUGCCCUGGCAGCCUCGGGACAUGGUCCACAUGUGCCCGGCCACGAGGCAGCGCUUCGCGCGCGAGUACGACCGCUACGGGGACAGCUACUUCGCGGACACCGACUGCGACCAGCUGCAGGAGGUGUUCUCCAGGAUCCGGAGCCCCGGCGGCCAGGCUCCCGCGGACAUGGCCUCGGUGAUCGCGGACUUGGAGCACCGCUACUUCUGGGACCGGCCGCCCCUCGCCCUGUUCCGGCACCACUCGGUGUACGUGGACUUGUUCGCCGUGGUCGGCGACCCCAGCACUGAAAUCCAGGGCGCCAGGCUCGCCGCUACAGCCUUGGAGCUGCGGUUCCACGGGGCCAGAGUGGUGUCCUGUUUGGCUGAGGGGGUGUCUCAUGUCAUCGUCGGGGAGGAUCGCAGUCGGGUUGCAGAUUUUAAAGCUUUUCGGAGAACUGUGAAGAGGAAGUUUAAAAUCCUACAAGACAGUUGGGUGACUGAUUCCAUAGACAAGUGUGAGCUACAGGAGGAGAAUCAGUACCUGGUUUGAAGUGGCUUCUGUAGGUAGAAGGGCUCCGACCCGGUGGCCUGAUUGCAGCAGGGGAGGGGAGCAUUCAGCUGCACGUCACUUUCUCCCUCACACUCUGCGCAGCGAUUUUAUUAGGUACGGGAAAACACUCAUUUUAACCUUUGAAAUCAAAAAAGCUACUGAUAGCUCAAAACCCAAAAAGGAGAAAUUCUUUUAACACUGAUUAUUUGGUGGUUUGUUUUUUUUUUUAAUAACCAAGAUGAAAUAAACAGUUUAAAGGAGAGGUGAUUAUAUAAUAUCCCGUUAGAAAUCUAGAAUUUUGACUCACGUUAAUAAAAUACAGUUAGAAGGUUUUAGUCAUUAAAAAUGUUAAGUGUUUGCGUCUAAUGAAAGCUCUGCCAAAAACAAAAGCAAAAUUGCUACGGUUGGACUUGGAAAAAGAUGCUUUUUUAACACAAAGGCUAAAUCCUGUCUCUAAAUGUGGAAAUGUUAUAAACAAAAUUAUUUUUUAAGGUUAGGAUCAAGCUCAGGAAUAAAACCUUGUUGAUAAUGUCAUUAAUCAAAUUAGGAGAAAUUGAAUGAGAUUAAAUGGUCUGAAAACAGAUCAGCUUGAUCUUUUUUUUUUUUUCUAAAAUAGAACAUGCUUUAAAGUAUUUUUAUGUGAAAAUGUGCUUCAGUAUAAACUUGCACUUCACAAAGUGAUCUUCCCGCUGGGACCCACCGAGUGGCUGCCGGGGCGGCGCUUUUGUCCUGACGACUUUCAUUCUGGGGAGUCACUGCUCUGGCUCGUAUUUGUAGGUUAUUUAAAGUCAGUGUAUCUAGUAUGUAUUUGGGUGUCUGCACCUAAUAUUGGGGUGCAGCCGAUAACGUUUUUAAAAAAGUCUUCAUGGCCCUAUGGAGCUAUUUGGAACUUGGUACCUCAGAAAUUGUGUGUAAAUGAUUUGUAAGUAAUUAGAAAUUUUAUUCAAACAGUGGCACAAAUGUAUAUAAUUUUGCUAUAUUUCUUAACUUAAAUAAAAUAUUUAAUGUAGCAUUAAAGUAGUAUCUUAUAAUUUGUUCAUUUUUAAAGCAAUCCAUAAUAGUUAUUUCAGUCGGAAGCAGAUGGUCACCGUAUAACUUUAGCCUGAUUUAAAUCGGGUGCCUAUUUAAGGGCUUUUGUAUUUCCUAUUGCUGGAUGACCUUUAUUAAAAACUUUGAAAUUGUACAUUUUUAUCAUGUUUACUGAGGAAAAUUACAAAAUAAAGGUCAAUACCCUGGGAGAAAAAGUAUAUAACUUUAUCACCAGAGGUGCUAGGAUGUAGUUUUAGGCCUUGGAUGCUGGCACCACGCAGGUGCAGAGCCCGCCUUCACGGGGUGAAG